UCGCCAAACACCGGCUCUGGGCUGGUCCAGUUGAGCCAAGAUGGCAGACUUUGAGGAGCAGCUCACUGAUGAGGAGAAGGUCCGCAUCGCAGCCAAUUUUGUUAUCCAUGCUCCACCAGGAGAGUUCAACGAAGUAUUCAAUGAUGUGCGGUUAUUGCUCAACAAUGACAAUCUGCUCAGAGAAGGGGCAGCUCAUGCCUUUGCCCAGUAUAAUAUGGAUCAGUUUACCCCCAUCAAAGUUAAGGAAGAUCAGGUGUUGAUCACAGAGCAUGGAGACCUGGGAAACGGGCGCUUCUUCGACCCUCGGAACAAACUUUCAUUUAAAUUCGAUCAUCUGAAGAAAGAGGCAAGUGACCCAAAGCCUCAUGAGGGUGAGGCAGCUUUGGAGUCGUGGAGAGAGGCAUGCGACACCGCUCUGAGGGCCUACAUCAAAGACCACUAUCCCACUGGAGUGUGCACAGUUUAUGGGAAAACCAUUGAUGGCCAGCAAACGAUCAUAGCAUGCAUCGAAGGACAUCAGUUUCAACCCAAAAACUUCUGGAAUGGCCGCUGCCGGUCAGAGUGGAAGUUCAGUGUGUCUCAGGCCACAGCUCAGGUGGUGGGUGUGCUGAAAAUCCAGGUGCAUUAUUAUGAAGACGGCAAUGUGCAGCUGGUCAGCCACAAAGACAUUCAAGAAUCUAUUGUCAUUUCUAAUGCAAAGCAGACUGCAGAUGAGUUUGUCAAGAUUAUUGAAAAUGCAGAAAACGAUUACCAGACGGCAAUCAGUGAGAACUACCAGACCAUGUCGGACACCACCUUUAAGGCCUUACGCCGGCAGCUUCCCGUCACUCGCACCAAGAUCGAUUGGAACAAGAUCCUCAGCUACAAGAUCGGCAAAGAGAUGCAGAAUGCUUAGACCUGACCCGGCAUGCCAACCCUCUGCUCGCGUUACUAGCCAAGAAACAAACUGAGAGGGGCCCAGGCCUGAACUCCAGGCUGGGGCCAAGCUUAGAGCACAGGCUUCUACGACAAGUGUGCUAACAUAUGUUUAUUUUAUUUUUUUGUUUUUGUUUUUGUUUUUGUUUUUGUUUUUACAAAAGCCAAGGUUCAACCUCAGCUGAAGAGACUGCCUCCUUUUCUGUAUGGUCGAAAGGCUGCGAGCUUGUUUUAAUCGGUUUAAAAACAGUCCUUGCUGUUGAACAAAUACCUCCUGCAACACCAGUGCACAGGGUCAGAAAUGUAUCCCCCCCUCCACCGUCUUAAUCAGCACCUCUUACACACACCAUGCUCAGAGGGAGUUUUCUGGACAUAGAUUAAAUGCAGUUCUCCAAUUAUUUCCAAUAAUGCACAUAUUUUUUAAUCAUGCUUUAAUGUAGCAGUUGAUUUUAGUUUUCCAGCUUUAGUAACUUUAAUAACUUUUUUAUUAUUAAUUUUUAAACCAAAAGUUGCUUUUCCUGAUUAAAUGGAAAGACCCCAGCAGAUCUGCAAGCACAGAAAGCAUUGGGUUGAUUACUGAGUCUGCCAGGUGUGGUGAACCACUUCCAGAUUUACAUGCUUGAGCUUAUCAUUAAGAUCAUCAUUGUGUACGUGAAAGCUGAAUUCUGCCUUAUAGUGGAUAAUUUGAGUUUAAAGCCUUUAUUUUCAUAUUUUAUUAUUUUUAAGGCAACAUUUAUGAUCUCAUUAGAUUGUCUAUACUCUAUUUUACAUUUAGUUUUAUUAUUAAUAUUAUUAUUAAUAAUAUUAAAUUACGGUUAAUGAUGUCUGCUGUCUUGAUCCUAAUUUGUGCCAAAUGUUAAAUGGUUCAUUUUUAUGUAAUAUUGUUGGAUAUAUUGAUUACUGUCGACUAAUUUUAAUUUUCCUCUUUCUCUUAUCUCUGUAGUCUUCUGAUGAGUUUCACAAAGCAAGCAUUUGUUCUUGAGGAUGAUGUUUUGUUUUUAAUUUUGUAUUAUACCUAUUAUAUUCAUAAUGUUGUAACCCCUGUCCAGAAAACAACCCCUGGAGGUCCGAAGGCCAUAUAACCACGUAAUGCUUGACACUUUCAGAUGCUGUUGUAAAAAUGAACGUCAAGUAACUCUCGCCACUCUGGAGAUCUUCUUGUUUGAUUGGUCAGCUGCAUGUACACUUUUUUUUUUCUUGUCCAAAUUUGAUACCUGUAUCAUGCCACCUUGUUCUGUCAGCACAGUAGCAGGUCUCCUAAAAUCAGUGUUGCCAGGUGGGCUCGUGUAAAUGUGCUGUCAUUUGAUUAUCAAGUUUUUGCCAAAGUAAGCAGCACUGUGUUGGUAUGGUCCACAGUUUCAGUUUACAGAUGUGGUGUUCAGUGUCCCUGUUUCUCUGAUUGGAAAUGGUCAGAAUAGCGCCCCCUGGUGUCAAAAACUGGUACACACUGUAUGCAGUCACAGAAAGUUUACUCUCAGUCUCUGCCUCUUUCCCCAAGCCUUUAUUACUAUUUUUUACAAAGUGUAUGAACAAAUAUGAUCCCAGAGGAAUAAAGAAUUUGCACCAAA